AAUGAAAGAUGAGAGUUCCAAGAAAAGCAAGCUCUCAUGGUCAAAGAAAAUGGUCAGAAAGUUCUUUAACAUCAAAUGCAAAUCUGAGGACUCCCAAGCAGAUGUUGUUGCUUAUGGAGGGGGUGACAUGGAAUGCAGAAGCAGGAAUAGCUUCUCUGAGAGAGAGCCAUGCACAAUCAAGAAGAGCAAAACAGAUAAAUUUAGCAGGAACACAGAUCAGGUCAAGCGAGGAAGAAUGAAUCUUGACCAUCCUCGAAUUAUAGAUGUGCACAACUAUAGCAUUUUUGUAGCUACAUGGAAUGUAGCUGGAAGAUCCCCAUCAAGUAAUUUGACUUUAGAUGAUUGGCUUCAUUCCUCGCCACCAGCUGAUAUUUAUGUUCUUGGAUUUCAAGAGAUAGUUCCCUUGAAUGCUGGUAAUAUUUUAGGUUCAGAGGACAAUGGCCCUGCCAAAAAAUGGUUGGCUCUAAUCCGAAAGACUUUGAACAAUCUUCCUGGCACCAGUGGAAGUAGUGGAUGUUAUACACCAUCUCCCAUUCCUCAACCAGUUGCAGAGCUAAAUGCAGAUUUUGAGGGAUCAGCUAGGCAGAAGAAUUCAUCUUUCUUCCAUAGGAGAUCAUUCCAGACAACUUCUAGUGGUUGGGGAAUGGAUAAUGAUCCUUCAAUUGUGCAGCCACGACUAGAUAGAAGAUACAGUGUCUGUGAUCGUGUGAUUUUUGGUCACAGGCCAAGUGACUAUGAUCCCAGUUUUAGAUGGGGUUAUAGGCCAAGUGACUAUUCCAGGGCAAGUGACUAUUCCAGGGCAAGUGACUACUCAAGACCAAGUGACUAUUCAAGAUGGGGUUCAUCUGAUGAUGAUAAUGGCCUUGGGGAUUCUCCAAGUACAGUCUUAUUUUCACCAAUGUCUUAUGGUAGACCUGCCUCUAAUGAAGAUGGAUAUGGCAUGCCAGGGCAUUCAAGGUACUGCCUUGUUGCUAGUAAGCAAAUGGUGGGGAUAUAUCUUACCAUAUGGGUGAAAAGUGAAUUGAAAGAUCAUGUUCAAAACAUGAAAGUAUCUUGUGUUGGCAGAGGAUUGAUGGGCUAUCUCGGAAAUAAGGGAUCCAUCUCAAUUAGUAUGUCUGUGCAUGAAACAAGCUUUUGCUUUAUCUGUAGCCAUUUAACCUCAGGACAGAAAGAGGGUGACGAGCUAAGAAGAAAUUCUGAUGUGAUGGAGAUUCUUAAAAAGACAAGGUUUCCUCGUGUUCAUGGUGUGGACAAUGAGAAGUCUCCACAGACAAUCCUCGAGCAUGAUCGAAUUAUAUGGCUUGGAGAUUUGAAUUAUCGAAUUGCUCUCUCCUACCGUUCUGCUAAGGCACUUGUUGAGAUGCAAAACUGGAGAGCAUUAUUAGAGAAUGAUCAAUUGAGAAUAGAGCAGAAAAGAGGCCGCGCGUUUGUGGGAUGGAAAGAAGGGAAGAUAUAUUUUCCUCCAACAUAUAAGUAUUCAACUAAUUCAGAUAGGUAUGCUGGAGAUGAUAUGCACCCCAAGGAGAAAAGGAGAACACCUGCUUGGUGUGACCGCAUUUUGUGGUAUGGAGAAGGUCUCCAUCAGUCAUCUUAUGUCCGCGGGGAAUCAAGGUUUUCAGACCACAGACCUGUUUAUGGCAUAUUUUGUGCUGAGGUUGAGUCAACUCAUGGCAGAUUGAAGAAAAGUGUGAGUUGUUCUCGUUCCAGAAUUGAGGUGGAGGAACUUCUGCCAUAUACCAGUGGAUACACUGAACUAAGUUUUUUCUAAAGGACGGCUGGAUAUGAGACAUGUCCAUCCACAUUCAACAAUUGGUCCCCCAUUACCAAGCGGGAAUUACUUUGAAGAAAUUCAUUCAUGAAGGGAGAUAGGGACAACCCAUUUCCC